AUGCGCUAUAAGAAGCCCUUUUCAAAGAUGACAGAAGAAACUAAAAAGUUGUUCAUAUCAUACAAUCAUGUCCAUCAGCUUUGCAAAGAGGCUGCUGACAAGAUUCGCAAGCUUGAUAUAGAUUAUAUCAUUGCUAUUGGUGGUGGUGGUUUCAUUCCCGCACGUAUAUUACGGACAUUUUUGAAGGAGCCAGGAAAGCCAAGUAAGAGGAUUUUUGCAAUUAUUUUAUCCCUCUAUGAGGAUGCCAACACUGUUAGUACCACUGUGGAGGAGGUUGGAUCCAAGGUAAAAAGAAUACAAUGGAUUAACUAUGGCGACUCUGGGAUUGAUCUUAUUAAUAAAAAGGUUCUUAUUAUUGAUGAGGUUGAUGAUACUAGAACAACGUUGCAUUAUGCACUCAAUGAACUACAAGGAGAUGCUCAGGAGCAGGCCCGUAGAAUGGGGCUAAAGGAUUCGAAUACGGAGUUUUUCAUUUACGUUCUCCAUAAUAAGCUCAAACCCAAAAAGGCGGAUCUUCCAGCUUCCAUAAUGGAUGGUAAACAUUAUAUCGCUAGCAGAGACGUUCCAGACUGCUGGAUUGCCUACCCAUGGGAAAGCAAUGACAUUGCUUACCAACAGAAGAUGGCUGAAGAGCAAGGCAACGACAUUUGA